CUUGCAUUGCUUCUCUUUUCGCGCUGGGGCAUGUUCCAUGGUUUCUUUCGUCCAGGGGCUGCUUGCUGGUUGCUAUUACAUAGCAUCUUAGGUUUGUGUCCUGGAUUACCGGGCCAAGCUGGCAUGGGCGUUGGACAUGCUGGUGUGGAUACCAGUUGCUCGCAAUUUCGAUUGUUUCCUGUCUUCGGUGUCACUUGAUGCCUGUUUCUUUCUUACAGGUCUUGUUCUUUGUGAUAAUUACAUGCAGGGUGCAUUUCUCGUCUACUUUUUUGUGCUUUUUCUAAAAUUCUGGCUGGCUUGGUGGAUGAUUACAGUGGAACAAAGCGAAAAAAAAGUGUCACAAAGAAAACUUGCUAGCCAGUUUUACUUCAAGUGCUCGUCAAGGCUACAAAACGCCCUGAUCAAGAGGGAGGAGUUUGCCUCUGCAAUUACGGUGUUUUUGUAGCCUUAACGAAUAGUGCGUCCCCUGCAUCUUACACCCACGUGUUUUAUGACGUUCGUUCUCCUGCAGCGCAAUGCCAAUUUAGUGCGACG